AUGGCGCUCACACCAUCAAACACCCGCGCUUCUCAGACCAUCAAACACCCGCGCCUCUCAGACCAUCAAACACCCGCACUUCUCUCAGCCCAUCAAUCACCCGCUUCUCUCAGCCCAUCAAUCACCCGCUUCUCUCAGCCCAUCAAUCACCCGCGCUUCUCUCAGACCAUCAAACACCCGCGCUCCUCUCAGACCAUCAAACACCCGCGCUUCUCAGACCAUCAAACACCCGCGCCUCUCAGACCAUCAAACACCGGCGCUCCUCUCAGACCAUCAAACACCCGCGCUCCUCUCAGACCAUCAAACACCCGCGCUUCUCUCAGCCCAUCAAUCACCCGCUUCUCUCAGCCCAUCAAUCACCCGCUUCUCUCAGCCCAUCAAUCACCCGCUUCUCUCAGCUCAUCAAACACCCGCUCCUCUCAGACCAUCAAACACCCGCGCUCCUCUCAGACCAUCAAACACCCGCGCUUCUCAGACCAUCAAACACCCGCGCCUCUCAGCCCAUCAAACACCCGCGCUUCUCUCAGACCAUCAAACACCCGCGCUUCUCAGACCAUCAAACACCCGCGCUUCUCUCAGCUCAUCAAUCACCCGCUUCUCUCAGCCCAUCAAUCACCCGCUUCUCUCAGCCCAUCAAUCACCCGCUUCUCUCAGCUCAUCAAACACCCGCGCCUCUCAGACCAUCAAACACCCGCGCUUCUCUCAGCCCAUCAAACACCCGCGCUCCUCUCAGACCAUCAAACACCCGCGCUUCUCUCAGCCCAUCAAUCACCCGCUUCUCUCAGCCCAUCAAUCACCCGCUUCUCUCAGCUCAUCAAACACCCGCGCUUCUCUCAGCCCAUCAAGCACCCGCGCUUCUCUCAGCCCAUCAAACACCCGCGCUUCUCUCAGCCCAUCAAUCACCCGCUUCUCUCAGCCCAUCAAUCACCCGCUUCUCUCAGCUCAUCAAACACCCGCGCUUCUCUCAGCCCAUCAAGCACCCGCGCUUCUCUCAGCCCAUCAAACACCCGCGCUUCUCUCAGCCCAUCAAACACCCGCUCCUCUCAGCCCAUCAAACAUCCGCUUCUCUCAGACCAUCAAACACACGCUUCUCUCAGCCCAUCAAACACCCACGCCUCUCUCAGCCUUUCUUGCUGUUCACAUUAA